AUGUCUUAUGAGACUGACGUGAUAACCAAGCACAUCAACGUCAAACCAUCGAUACAUGUGCUGCGAACAAGGUGUGUGCGCCAUCGACGAUGGAUGGAUGCAGAUUUAGCGCGCACCCCGGAACCAGCGCGAAAUGGCCCGGAGGAUCAAAACCGACGGAAAGGAAAUCAGUCGGGGCACGAUCAACAGCAGGAGCAGCCGCAGCAGCAGGCUGCAGAUGCGCAGCCCGACCAGUUCUGGGAGCAACUUGAAGAAAUUGCGCGGCAUACGCCGCCACCGUCGGAGCGUCUCGCACAGCUACCACCGCCGCCAAAUUAG